CCCAACUUCCGGUCCCAUGAGUGACGUCAUUGCCCCGUCCUGACUUCUAAGGUUGAUCCGCCGCGCGCCGAGUGUCCUCAGUAUCCGCGUCAGCAGGGUGAUGUUCCCAGCGGCGGCGAUCAGAGCCCGCGGGAGUGCUCUUCUUUCUUCCGUCUUUGUUUGCCGAGGACCAAGGUUUAUAACCACCGGUGAUAGAAGGAGAAAUGAUACUGAGAUCCAGUUGCCUGCUUGGAAAGAGCGCGUCAAUGAAACGCCAGAAAUAAAGAGAGCAAGACUCUUGUACGAGAGCCGUAAAAGGGGCAUGCUGGAAAACUGUAUAUUGCUUAGUCUGUUUGCCAAGAAACACCUGAACACCAUGACGGACACCCAGCUGUCACAGUAUGAUCGACUAAUCAACGAGCCCAGCAAUGACUGGGACAUAUACUACUGGGUCACAGGGGUCCAGGAUAUUCCAGAGCAGUUUGACAAUGAGAUUAUGCAUCUGCUAAAGGAAUUCGCCAAGAACCGGGACAUGGAGCAACGUCUGAGGCAGCCAGACCUGGAAUAUCUAUUCCAAGAGUCCCAAUGACUAGGAGAGAGGGGGGUUUCUCUAAAGCCUGUUGUCAACUGACACCUUCUACGGACUGCAGGGUCUGCGUGUUCUUCAUGGAUUCUUGUAUGCCCAUUGUAUGCAGUCGUAUAAAAGUGACCUGUGUAUAAGAAUCUACAUAGGGGGGUGUAUGCUCUUGCUGUAGGGUGCAAGCCUCAUCUAUUCUCUGUGUCACUGGAGGCAUCUCCUUCCUAACAGGGAAACCUGCAGGCAGAUAUGAGCGUGAGCAUGAUGAAUGCAUGUAGUUGAGUGUAAGCACUUUGGGGGUGAUUCCGAGUUGAUCGCUCGCUAGCUGCUUUUAGCAGCAUUGCACACGCUAAGCCGCCGCCCUCUGGGAGUGUAUCUUAUCUUAGCAGAAUUGCGAACGAAAGAUUAGCAGAAUUGCGAAUAGAAAUUUCUUAGCAGCUCCAGACCUACUCACAAAUAGCGAUCAGUUCAGUCAGUUUCGUUCCUGGUUUGACGUCACACACACGCACAGCGUUCGGCCAGCCACUCCCCCGUUUCUCCAGACACUCCCGCGUUUUUCCCUGAAACGCCUGCGUUUUUCCGCACACUCACAGAAAACGGCCAGUUUCCGCCCAGAAACACCCACUUCCUGUCAAUCACACUACGAUCAGCAGAACGAUGAAAAAACUUUGUUACGCCGUGAGUAAAAUACCAAACUUUUGUGCUAAUUUACUUGGCGCAGGCGCGCUGCGUACAUUGCGCAUGCGCAGUUUGCGACUAAUCGCUCCGUAGCAAAAAAAAAUAACGAGCGAACAACUCGGAAUGACCCCCUUUGUUUCAUGCAUUGUAUCCAGCUCAGUUACGCAUGAUCUGUGGACAGCGACGUUUCUUGAUUUAUGCACUUACUUGCCACAAGGAAGGGACACAGAAUAAGCAACUCCUGGCAGCGUACAGAGAAGUAGUUCUUUGAUGUGAAAAUCUUUAUGGUGGGGGGUAAUGCACUUUCUUUUAGAAAGUAAUUGAAACUAAAAAUGAAUCACUGAUAUACUAAUAAAAUAUUUUAUCAGCAAA